AAGCUCUACUGCACCGCGCCCACUCCUCAGCCCACGCUCGUACUCACUCUCCUUCCCCCCAUUAUUCCCCCGCCGGCCACCGCGGCCGGCUCGCCGGGCGUCCGCCGAGAGGCGCGACGGGCGAUGGGGCACGGAGCCAGCUGCGGCCGCCCCAGCGAGGAGGUGGACUUCUUCGGCGCGGCACAGUCCGGCGACCUCGCCCGCCUCGCCGCCGCCGUCAGCUCCCGCCCCUCCCUCCUCCGCCGCACCACGCUCUUCGACCGCCUCUCCGCGCUCCACAUCGCCGCCGCCCACGGCCACCUCCAAGUGGUGUCCAUGGCAUUGGAUCUUUGCGUGGAGCCGGACGUCGUGAACCGCCACAAGCAGACGGCGCUGAUGCUCGCGGCGAUGCACGGGAGGACCGAGUGCGUGCGACGGUUGCUCGACGCGGGCGCCAAUAUCCUGAUGUUCGAUUCGUCGCACGGGCGGACGUGCCUGCACUACGCGGCGUACUACGGCCACUCAGACUGCCUCCGGGCCAUCCUCACGGCGGCCCGGACCGCGCCGGUGUCGCAAUCCUGGGGAUACGCGCGGUUCGUGAAUGUGCGGGAUGACACCGGAGCGACGCCGCUGCACCUGGCGGCGAGGCAGGGCUGGCGCCGCUGCGUCCACGUCCUGCUGGAGAACGGCGCCAUCGUGUCCGCCUCCAGCGGCGCCUUCGGAUUCCCCGGGAGCACGCCGCUGCAUUUGGCCGCGCGCGGCGGGAGCCUCGACUGCGUCCGCCAGCUGCUCUCCUGGGGCGCCGACCGCCUCCAGCGCGACUCCGUUGGGAGAAUUCCAUAUGAGGUGGCGGUGAAGCGAGGGCAUGUGGCGUGCGCGGCGCUGCUGAAUCCGUCAUCCGCAGAGCCCCUAGUAUGGCCUUCGCCUCUCAAGUUCAUCAGCGAGCUGGAGCCUGACGCCAAGGCUCUCCUGGAGGCAGCCCUGAUGGAGGCCAAUCGGGAGAGGGAGAAGAGGAUCCUCAAAGGGGCCAAGAAUUCAUUGCCAUCGCCGUCGCAUUCAGAUGACGGUGCCACCGUCUCCGAGGGCGCCGAGGUGUGCAGCAUCUGCUUCGACCAGGCGUGCGCGAUCGAGGUCCGGGAGUGCGGGCACCAGAUGUGCGCGGCGUGCACGCUGGCGCUCUGCUGCCACGCCAAGCCCAACCCGGCGACGCAGAGCCAGCCGCUGCCCACCUGCCCCUUCUGCCGCGGCGGCAUCACCCGGCUGGCGGUGGCCACCAGGGCCAAGGCCGGCGACGACGAUGACGAGGACGAGGAGGAAGGAGAAGGCAGGCUGGAGUCGCCGCGGCACCGGCGGUCUCGCCGGUCCCUGAACCUCAGCGGCGGCGGGGACGGGGGCAGCAGCAGCAGCAGCCUCAUGGGCAGCAUCGCGUCGUCCAUCGGCAAGAUGGGCCGGCGCAAAACCGACAGCAGCGAGCUGCAGGUGCAGGUCGACGACAAGCCAUAGCCAUGGAAUGAAGGCCGAGCCUCUCAGCACUCAUUCAUUCACUCACCGUGUUAUUACGAAGCGUCAUGAUACGUCGCCAAUGAUGGAGCUGGCUGCUACUAUUUUUGUAGAUUAUUUUUCUUAUAAUUUUGGGGAGAUUGGCAAUUGUUCCAUCUGUGUAGAUUCGAUCCCAAGCUGUAGGCUAGAUCCAGUCAGUCCAAAUAAGUAAGAGUGCGGUCGUUGCCCGGUAGCCCCCAGCCCCCGUGGAGUUGUUGAAAGGUUGUACAUGUCCGGAUUCAGAGGGGUUGGCCCGAUAUGAUGAUAAUGAGAACCCAGUACAAAUCCA